GAAGGUGGAGGCUCUCUCACCUAAUAGCCCGUAUUCGCGUUAGAAUUUGCACGAAAGUCUGAAAAUCGUCAGUGCGAUCAGCCGGUUUCAACGGUCGGUCCCGAACAAUGGAAAGAUUAAAGAGGAAACGGAAGAGGACCGAUAGCCAAAAGAAAGUAUUGCUCUCCAUCGUCGAUCCCUGGGACGUCAGAGUAGCCAGUGUCGAUCCAGUCGGCUUGGCAGAACGACGAGGCGUUUCCUUGUCGAUCUUAUUCCCGCAACAGAACGGAAAUACGCUACAGGAAUCUUUGUCUUCGGGUAAAAUAGUCAGAAUCCCGUCGCCUUGGUACAAGCCAGUCUACAGCAACGUGCUGGAACGUCUUCCUGCUAGUGGGGCUUUAGAAACGAGCUCCGUCGAACCCACCUGGGUGGAUCCUUGGCACUCUUCCAACAGGUCAUCGAGUGGAGAAAAAUACUGUUCGCCGGAACCGCCGCAAAAAUCAGCGAGGAAAAAGGUGCAGAACGGUGGGACGACGACACGAAGGAACGGUGGCCUACGGAACGAUCAGAAAAUUCCAGACGACAAUGGAUUAAUCGGCACGACGCCGGAAAUCACGUGCGAUGAUUUCGAUCACGAGCACACUGGUGGGACAGUUGCAAGAGUGCGUUUCGUGAAUGAAGAACGUCCUAGGAGCUCCACUUGGGGGUCACGGUCGGACGAAACAAAUCGUGCCCAUAAGAGGAAUAAUCUCUACCUGUCGAAAGCAAAUCACUUGUCGAGUGUGAGUUACUUCGAGAACUGUGAUUCAUCUCGUGACAGGGACAAACUUUCGGUGGGAAACGAUAGGAACACUGCAGUGGAUGUUGCCGAAAAUAUCGAAGAAAAACAUUGUAUGCUAAUUAAGAAAAAUGAGACACUUGGUCACGGGUUUUUCGAAGAUGAACAACUGGUGAACGUCGUGCAAAAUUUGGUAACUUCGAGGUACAGUCCUAUCUUAAACGGAACGCAAAAAAGAUCAAUCAACAGGAGAAUACCAUGUCAACGUCACGAAUCUCGAAAGGAAACAGACACAAUAGAUACCGCGGAUAAAACGGCCAAGGCCACAGAAGUUGGAGAAAUUCGAGAAAUUACUGACCACGGAAAUACGGAGACGAGAGGCCCAGAAACACUUGCGAUACCACACACAAGGCGAAUACGUAAGACGAGCAUUUCGAUGCCUAGUAAUCUCGACGAGAUGGAGGAUCUGCGAAUCGACGGACAAAAGGGAACCGCCUCAAAAUUCGCAAGAUCGGUGAGCGACGACAGCAGCAGUGUGACGUUUAGCAAUAGCGGUUCAACGCCCAAUGGAAGUCCACUCGGUUCUGAAACCGAGGAAGAAUCCCUCUCUCUCUCUCUCUCUCUCUCCAUCUACGCAGUGCCGUUGCAAGCUCCUCCUCGAAGAAAAAGCAGAGUUAUAUCACCAAUGAUGAAUCAAAAAUUAGGAAACGAUCCGAUGGAACUUUCCGGGGGGCAAAGCGCGAAUUCCACGAUAACGAGCGUUAACAGCAUUAGUAGCUUGCUCAAGGAAAAACUUCAAUUGUCCAUUCCUCAAGCUCUACGUAGCAGUAAGAAGAGGCAGAACGCUGAUUAUCGACUUCGAGCUUUCGUCGGAAUAUUGUUUCUCUGUGUCGUUUUCCUCGUGGGAUUUGCACAUAUUUACUACACUCAACAUGUUCUUCAACGAGCCUACUUCGACAAAUUUAGGUUCAACAAAAAUGAACGAGUGAUGCACGUGUACAGUAGUACCGAAGCCGAAGUGAUCGCGGCCCGACUCGGGGAGGGAAUACCUACCGAUACCGGGGUAUUUCCGUGUCUGUCUCAUCAUCAGAAGCAAGACUCGGUUUGCCUCGAGUGGCUUCAGCAGGCACGUUUGUACCUCGCUCACACGAAACUCCCAGAUAUGCACUGUUACCACGUCACCUGGCAAAGUCUCGGUUCUUACUACAAUCCCAAAGAUUGUUUCGACUGGUCACCGAAAAGGGGACAUUGGUAUGGCGGUGGCCAAGUGCAGAACAUGCCUUAUCCUCUUGAACGUGGCCGCCUAGAACUGAGCCCCUUUGUUACCGGUGAUAUCACCAAACAUCCUUUUGGCAAUGUACUCAGAAGAUACUUCUUGAACUCGAAAGGUGCUACGAUACUGGUCGAUUCGGAAACGCCUCUUUACGUGUCCAUCAAUGCCAACAGAAGCAACAACUUUUGUUUGCAAGCCAAGCACGAUGCCUUCGCUUACAUUAACCAUCUCACGCCAUUCCCUCAAUUAAAUUACACGAUUUGUGCCACGGAUAAUAUGAAGACUUUGCAUUCUUCGAUGGCCGAAAAGUCUCUAUGCGACGGUCUCAAGCCGGAUGAACUUCACGCGAUUCAUUCGUUGUUAUCCGAACCAGUCUGGCAAAUUUCACCGACCAGCGAAGCCGCGGUGUAUAAUUAUACCGAGGAUGUAAUAGCUCUAGGCUUCUUGCGACAAGGUCACGUUCUAUUGAGCGAAGAAUGGCAACCCAGUCCAGGUGAUUUCGUGUUGGACGAGGAACGAUUUCCCUCGAUGGAAGAAACGAUCAACAUUAUUCACCGUCGAGGAUUUAGAAUCGUGUUCACUAUCCAGCCUUUCAUAUCGACGGAGUCUAUCAAUUUUAGAGACGCCGUAUCGAAUAGACUACUGAUAUCCGAGAGAGAAAGCGGGUAUAGGAUACCCGCCCUCACCAGGUAUAAACAGAGUAACAGCGUUGGCGUUCUGGACGCCACGAAUAAUAAAACUCUGCCUUGGCUGCAGUCCAAGCUUGAAAGUUUGAUCACCAAGUAUCACGUAGACUCGUACUAUCUUGAUUUGGGUACGGCACAAGACAUGCCUCAUUACUACAAAUGCGAACAACCUUUGACUAAUCCGGAUCACUAUAAAACGAUAUUCAUUAACUCAAUUUUGGGAUCUGUACCGGUGAUCGGUGUCUCGGGCGCAAUUUCCAGGCCUCGAACACCCGUUUUUGUCUCCCUUCCGCCUUUCUCUUCUUCCUGGAAAGCCAUCAAGACUGUUAUCCCGACGGUUCUGACCUAUGGGAUGAUAGGUUAUCCGUUCAUUAUGCCAGGCGCAGUUGGCGGAGACGUAGCUCUGCCCAUGUCGGAUAAUAAUCCCGAUAACGAUUUCGAAGUGAAUUUGCCAGACAAGGAGUUGUACAUCAGAUGGUUGCAACUCUCUACAUUUUUACCGGUGAUACGCUUCACUCAUCUACCCAGCAAAUAUUCGGAUGAAUCCGUGUUGGAAAUAGCCAAGAGAUUGACCACGUUAAGGCAAAAAACUGUAACGCCACUGCUAAAGAAAUACGCGAAAGAAACGCUCGAUACUGGUCUACCGAUAAUUCGACCAUUAUGGAUGUUGGAUCCAGCGGAUCCAGCUUGCCAUGUGGUCGUCGACGAAUUUUCCGUGGGAGAGGAACUUAUAGUGGCCCCUGUUCUCUAUUCCGGUAGCAGACAGAGAGAGGUUUAUUUACCCGCAGGUGUAUGGAGAGAUGGAAUCGACGAUAGCCUUAGAAAAGGAUCUAGAUGGAUCCACAAUUACAGAGUGGCCGAAGACAAAGUCGCGUACUUUGUAAAAAUGCCGGACAAUACGAGAUUUUAAUCGACAGCUAAUCGAAUAUUCUCAUGUGUUUUUGUAUAUAGAAAAUUCGUUGGAAAUUUUCGUAUACCAGUUCGACCAGUUGUACGGUCAAAUUUCAAGGAUUUUUAAGCGAAUUUGACGAAAAGAAGAAGAGUAAAAUAAAGUUGAGGUCAGAAAGAUACUGACGCGUUUCUGUCCCAUUUUUAAUAAAUACGUAGCUGAUAAGUAGCUGAUAAGAAUGUUAAGAAAUAUUAAGUCUAUGACACUUUAAU